GUAUUGUGAAAACAUCACUUUGAUAAAUCAAGAUGCAGAACGAGGCAGGAGAAUUUGUUGAUAUGUACAUCCCACGAAAAUGCUCUGCUAGUAAUCAGAUUAUCCAUGCUAAUGAUUAUUCUUCUAUUCAAUUGGCUAUUGCUGAGGUUGAUGAGACCACUGGUAGAAUGACUGGUACACAGAAAUUAUAUGCCAUUUGUGGUAAAAUUAGGUUUAUGGGUGAAGCUGAUGAUUGUAUCAACAGAUUAUGUAAAAAAGAUAAAAUUAUCUCACCAAAUUUCUAAGAUGUGUACAACUGACAAAUAAAAUAAUGUAGAAACAA